AUGUCAACAAAAAACAGUCGUGAAUCUCUCAACAAAUUCACCAAACCUCUUCCAAUAGAGAUCAUUCAAUUACCACCUGUUUAUCCAGGGAACCCCAUCUCUUGGCUGAUAGCAACCUGUUCUUUCAUUGGUCAGUUGAUUGUUAAACAAAGCAGGAAAAUUACUGUUCUUUACAAUCAGGAUGAAUUUUGCUUCAAAGUAACUGACAAGGAGGACAUGGACUACCUCUGGAAAUCUGGCUUCUAUGGUAAGGGAUCCCUCUCAAGAUCUGAGCCGACAUGGCAGACUCGUGCUCAAAAGCGGAUUUUAGGUGUGGAGAAAACAGAGACUACCAGUGAAGAAAUUGUUCGAUACAGAAGACAGCUUAGAAACGAUUAUAAGCAAAAAAGGAACAAGAUGUUGGCUUUAGAGCGUCAGUACAAACUUCAGGGUGACUCUGAGAAGCUGAAACAAUUAGAGGUGGUUCGCCAGAAGUUGAGUGAGCAACGUGAUAUGAUUAGUCAUUCCCGUCCUCCGGAGAGAAAAGAUAUCGAGCCUCAAGAAUUGAGACCCGAAGAUCGUGAAUUGAUCAUAGAUUCGAAGCAUAUCAAAAAUAUCGAGUAUAUGGAACUCACAGCAUGCGAGGUACUCUUUCUCUUAUACAUGGGAGCUAUUAAAGUUGAUAGUCCUGACACUGGGAAACAGUUUACAACUAUCCAGCUUUUGAGGUAUUUGGUGAAUAUGUUUGGAGCCGUUGAAGCUGAUAAUAUGUUUCUCAUUCAAUUCGCUGUUUACUUUCAUUACAAAUCGCUUGGAUGGUGCGUGAAAUCUGGACUCAAGUUCUCUUCAGAUUUUGUUCUAUAUCAACGAGGACCUCCAUUCCAUCAUGCAGCAUUUGCCGUCACGAUCUUGAAGAACUCUUCCAUAAAUGCGUUGAAGAACUGGACUCAUUUUGGAUCUAUCUUUAGAGUUGUUUCGGCAGUUAAGAAAACAAUGGUUCUAUGCUACAUUGAUACACCAACGAGCAAUCAGUUAGUAGACUUGUGGAAAACAUUAGACGAUAACGAUAAUGAGGGCCUAAUCAAUUUGGUCAACAUGUAUUCCAUAAGAGAAAUCAUCUACAAAAGAUGGACACCGAACAGAACUAGACUAUAG